AUCUUCAGGAGAUGCUACGUGACCACUCCUUUGUUGGCUGUGUCAGCCCUCAGUGGGCUCUGGCCCAGUACCAGACAAAACUGUACCUUCUCAAUACAACAAAACUCAGCCAAGAACUCUUCUACCAGAUACUUAUUUAUGACUUUGCAAACUUUGGAAUCUUAAGGUUGUCUGAGCCAGCUCCUCUAUAUGAGCUUUCAAUGCUUGCUUUAGAGGAUCCUGAAAGUGGCUGGACAGAAGAAGAUGGCCCAAAAGAAGGGCUUGCUGAGUACAUUGUGGAGUUUCUGAAAAAGAAGACUGAAAUGUUGAAAGAUUAUUUCUCUCUUGAAAUUGAUGAGGAAGGAAACCUUAUUGGGUUACCACUUUUGAUAGACAACUAUGUUCCACCGCUGGAAGGACUGCCUAUGUUCAUCCUUCGCUUGGCCACAGAGGUAAACUGGGAUGAAGAAAAGGAGUGUUUUGAAAGCCUAAGUAAAGAACUAUCUAUGUUCUACUCCCUUAGAAAGCAAUACAUAAUCGAUGAAGCCAACCUGACAACCUCUCAGAAUGAAGAUUCUGACUCUGGUUCAACAACAUGGAAAUGGACUGUGGAACAUGUACUUUACAAAGCUUUUAGGACUCAUCUUUUACCUCCUAAACACUUCACAGAAGAUGGCAACAUUUUGCAGCUUGCUAACCUGCCUGACCUGUAUAAAGUUUUUGAGAGAUGUUGAGCAAGUUGUGUUAUAGGGUGGUGCAUAACUAAAAAACACUCAUGAUAUAUUGUUUUACUUAGUAGAGGAUGAAGCUGGAAUAUUGAUGGAGGAAAGAAAAAGAGGCGAUUUAAUAUCAUACUAACAUGACAGCAAAUGGCCUAUUCUCCUUCUGUUGAUCAAAGAAUAAAAAAGAAUUGUUUGAGCUAUGUCCAAACCCAACAGAAGUUCCUAAAAUAAUCUCCACU